CUCUGCACACCUGGGCAAGGUUGUUCCUCUCUCCAUGCAGACGGAAUGGAGACUGGGGUGUUGGCUGAAGAGCUGACCUGCAGUGUGUGUCUGGGGUUGUUCCAGGACCCUGUGGCAUUACCCUGCCAGCAUAGUUUCUGUGCCAGAUGUAUCAGUGAUGUCUGGAACCAUCCAGGAACUCCGAACAGAGUCAGCUGUCCUCAGUGUCGCAGAAUGUUCAAGCCCAGACCCUGCCUGGUGAAAAACCACACACUGCAGAACAUCGUGGAGAAAUACAUCCAGAGCCAGGCUGCCACGGCUGCUGUUACUGCCACAGGUGCCCAGUCGGUCCCCGUGAUGUGUGAGUACUGCAUCGACACCCCAACCCCAGCUGUGAAGACCUGCCUCAAAUGCGAAACCUCCUUCUGUUCCCUCCACUUGCAACCGCACUUGACCAAGCAGAUUUACAAAGAGCACAGUCUGAUCGAGCCCAUUGCUGACCUCACAAGAAGGCAGUGCCCAAGUCAUAAGAAGGUCCUUGAGUUCUACUGUGAGCAGGACAAGGAAUGUGUGUGUGUGUCCUGUACCAUCAUAGGGAGUCACAAGUCCCACACUCUGGUGAGUCUGGAGGAGGCACGGGACAAGUUAAAGCGGGAACUGAAGGCAGAGGUGGGGAAGCUUCAAACAAUUCAGAACAAUCGGACGAGUGAACGUCAGAAGCUGAAGGAUUAUGAAAGUGAAAUUAAGAAACACAGUGAGGAGCUGAAGGAAAGACUGUCAAAUGAGUUCUCCAAUUGGAGGAAGCAGUUGGAAGAAGAUGAAAAGUCGGCACUAAAGCUGAUCGAUGAGGAGGAGAAUCGAGUGCUCUCCAAGAUCAUGAGCUUCUCUGAUUCAAUGGGGGAAAAGAUUGAAAAAAUUCAAAUAAUGGACAAGGAAGCCCAGAAUCAAGAGCACAAGGAUCCUUUCUCCUUCGUUCAGGAUGUGAAGCAGCUUCUUUCAAGGUGCUCAAAACUUGCUGAUGACGCACUAGUCUCAGGAGGCACUGCGUGUAACAGUUCCAAUAACUCUGGCUACGUGAAUCGAUAUCAAAUCAAUCAGACUGCCAGACCCUCACAACCUUAUUACAACAAAAUAUACCCAGGAAAUAAAAUCAUAAGAAUUCACUCACAAUCUGGCUAUGUGAAUCCAAGUCAAACCUCCAUGCAGACUCCCAGAACCUCACUAUCUCAGGAUAUCACCGUAAACUUCUCCAGACUCACCAGUGUGAUCCAAAAUCAGAUGGCUGGAUAUGAAAACUACCAGAGAAACAUAACCGGUGCUAUCAAUGAAAAAUCUUGUCAGUUAAGCUCCUUACAGCCAAGCUGCCAAAUGUAACCAACCCAUCGACGAUGACUUUUGGUAACAUUCAACUAUGUAAGGAAAAAAUCAGAGUUUCUUGGUGCACUUAUGUGUGUGUGUGGUGCGCUGUGCCUUUUGUCAGGGUGUAUUGAAUGUUUGCAGCACAGGUUUGACCAAAUUAGUGAGGAGGGAUAUUUGUGUGAUCCACAGUAACUGGCUGUAAUCUCUCUGGACACCUACUGCUCCUGUUGCUUCAUUUCAGCACAGUGCACCUCCAACAGGGAUUGGGAGGUCACUGACAGUAAAUCUGUGGGCCUGCUUCCUGUCCAGUCUUUCCCCUUCUUAGGAAGUCUUAUUGCACCUUAUUGCACUGCACUUUCUCUGUAGCUGUGACACUUUACUCUGUACUGUUAUUGUUCUUACCUGUACUACAUUAAUGCACUCUGUACUAACUCAAUGUAACUGUACUGUGUAAUGAAUGACCUGUACGAUCGGUUUGUAAGACAAGCUUUUCACUGUACUAAACCAGUCCUUCAGCUGUAAGGAUGACUCAAAGUCUUGGUCCAAUGGCAAUGUCCAAUACAAUUGGAGACCAGGUUCUGCUGCACAGACUGCGCACGCACACACACACACAGACACACAGACACAGACACACAGACACACAGGCACACGCACAUACAUACACCCCCACACAUACACAGAAAGCAUAGGCAUCCAGAGACAUAUACAUACACAAAGUACAGACAGACACACACAUGCAGAAACACAGACACAUACAGGCAGAAAAUUCAGACACACACACACACACACACACACGGCAGGUAUUAACUGUGCCACUUGAAUUUACGGAACCAAUCUCUCAAGAUGAAGGGAAAAAUAUUAAUCCAUAAACAGAUAAUCCAAGAGAUAACAAAACUGGAGAUGGGACUUCACUCUGAGGUUGCCAUUGUUAUCGCGGAGAAAAGCAAUGAUUAUCUCUCCUUCAUCCACCAGAAAGGCAAGAUUGUGAUGCCCCUCAAAUAACAGCGAAGUAAAUUGGUAAAUUGGUUUAUUGUUGUCACAUGUACCGAGGUACAGUGAAAAACUAAACUUGUCUUGCAUGCCGUUCACACAGAUCAUUUCAUUGCAACAGUGCAUUGAGAUAAUAUAAGGUAAAACAAUAACAGAGUUCAGAAUAAAGUGUUACAGUUACAGAGAAAGUGCAAGCCAUAUUCAGGUAGAUUGUGAAGUCAAGAGUCCAUCUUAUCAUAAGUCUGCGUGCAAUUGAAACAACACCCUGCAGUUUCAUGGCACUUUUCAACAGAGUAAAAUGCGCCGGUGUGUUUCAGAGGAAUAUUAUCAAAAAUUGGCAUCUGGAGAGGCAAACGGCAGCUUGGUCGAAAGUGAUGGACUUUAGAGGAGAGAGAGGUGGAGAGACAGAGAGUUUUACCAAACGAAUUAUUGAGCUAAGGGCUUUCACAGCAGCAAGUACAGCUGCCAAUGGUGGAGCAACCAAAGUCCAUAGUGAGUAGAGAGCUUGGAUCUCACUUGUAGGACUUCAAGAAGUUUCAAGAACUGGAGAGGUGUUACUAUGAAUACAUAGGGUGAUAGAGUAAUACAGCAUGGAAACAGGCCCUUUGGCCCAACUGGUCCAUGCUGACCAAGAUGCCCAUCUAAGCUUGUCCCAUUUGCCUGUGUUUGGCCCAUAUCCCCCUAUAAACCUUUCCUAUCCAUGUACCAGAUGUCUUUUAAACGUUUUAAUUGUAGCUACCUCUAUAGCCUCCUCGAGGAGCUCGUUCUUUGUACCCACCACCUUCUGUGAGGGAAUGAGAGGGAAGAGAAUGUUUAAAUUUAAAUAACCCAAAUAAACUUUUAAUAAAUCCAAUAGACUUGCUAUUCAAAGAUAUUGGUAAAUUGGUUUAUUACUGUCACAUGUACCAAGUUGUGGACGUGCUAUGUCGGCGCUAGAAGCGUGGCGACACUUGCGGGCUGCCCCCAGAACACUCCACACAAAAGAUGCAUUUCACUGUGUGUUUCGACGUACAUGUGAAUAAUAAAGAAAUCUUGUCUUAUUUA